AUGAUAAAGAAUGAACGAGUGCAUCAGAAGGAAGUCAUCCAGACGCAAGGCUUCAACAGGACCACCGUGGUUACCCAGUUCACCCUGGUGGGCUUCUCUAGCCUGGGGGCACUCCAACUGCUGCCGUCUGUCCUCUUUCUUCUCCUCUACGUGACCAUCCUGCUGGCCGAUGCCACCACCAUGACUGUCAUCCGCUGCAGCAGGACUCUACACCCUCCCACGUAUGGGUUCCUGUUCAUCCUUUCCUUCUCCGAAUCCUGCGACACUCUUGGCAUCAUCCCUCAGCUGCUGGCCCACCUGCUCCCAGCCACCAAGGGCAUCUCCUCUGUGGCCUGUGCCACGCAGCUCUUCUUCCUCCUUGGCUUUGCCUGCACCAAUUGCUGUCUCAUCGCUGUGAUGGGGUACGAUCGUUAGGUGGCGAUUUGCCACCCUAUGAACUACACGCUCAUCAUGAGCAAGAGGGUAGGGUUGGGGUUGGUUUCCCUGUCCGGAGUCACAGGCUUCUUCAUUGCUUUGCUGGCCACCAAACUCAUCUGUGACAUGACUCUUUGUGGUCCCAACAGAGUCCACCGCUGUUUCUGUGACAUGGCGCCCAUCAUUAAGUUGGCCUGUGCAGACACACAUGUGAAAGAACCCGCUCCAUUCAGCCGAAGCAUUCUGGCGAUCAUGGCGCCUUUCCUGCUGAUUCUGAUCUCCUGUGGCUUCAUCGUUAACACCAUCCUGAAGAUCCCCUGGGCUGAGGGGAGGAAGGCCUUUGCCACACGCAUCUUCCACCUAGCGGUAGUCUUCGUGCACUACGGCUGUGCCUCCAUCACCUACCUGAGGCCCAGAUCCAAGUCUGCCUCAGACAAGGAUCAGUCGGUGGCAGUGACCUACACUGUGGUCACUCCCCUGCUCAAUCCUCUGGUCUACAGUCUGAGGAAUCAGGAGGUGAAGUCUGCCCCGAAAAGAUUUUUGGGAAAGCCCUGGAACCACCAAGGUGAUCUAACAAAAAACCCUAAAAUUAACGAGGGAAGUUACAGGAGAAAUCAAAGGCGGGACGCUUUCUCUGUCUUUUUACCAAUCCAGUCCUGA